CAGACAUGUCAGUGACGCGUGGAGCUCAAGUUGAAUGAUGUCAUGUUUGCGUACUGCUGCUUCUUCUGAGUGCAUGUCGCACCGUUAUCUUUAAAUGAAGCUGUUUUUCCUUGGUAUUUGCAGGUUGGCAGGUUGGCGGCUCUCCCCUAUGAUGGCCUGCGUUGCAGCCAAGCCCGGCACAGUAAAUGGCUGCAUAAUGAAAGCUCAGCUUCAGAUUAUUGUGUUAUCAGCAAAACUGAAAGAAAACAAGAAGAACUGGUUUGGGCCUAGUCCAUAUGUGGAAGUGGCUGUUGAUGGUCAGUCAAAAAAGACAGAGAAAUGCAACAACACCAGCAGUCCAAAAUGGAAGCAGCCUCUCACAGUAAUCGUCACUCCUUUCAGCAGAUUAAUUUUCAAGGUGUGGAGCUACCAGACCCUUAAGGCUGAUGUUUUAUUAGGAAUGGCUGCGUUAGAAGUGAGUGAGACCUUGAAAUCCAACAAUAUGAAAAUCUCUGAAGUGGUGCAGACUCUACAGCUCAGCGCAGACAAAGAUGAGAUUGACAUCGUUGGAGAUCUAUGCGUCUGUCUCGAUGGGAUGCAGGUUGAUCCGGAAGUAUUUGCUUCCAGAACUGCCAACAGCCUCAGUGCUGUUUCAAAUGGGGACUCUCAGCAGAAUAGUGACCAUGUGAGGACAAGCAGGGACGUGUCACCCUCUGUUGACAGCAUUGAGGACAAGGCUUCACCCAGCAUCCCAAGGUCCCCCUCUCCCUCGCUGGGAGGCUCCAGGUUGUCACGACCACCCCGGCCCUCUCGCCCUCCUCCACCCACCCCACACAGACCUGCAUCAUCUUCAGCCUCUGCAAAUGGGUCAGUUACCAGUAAUGCGACAAACGCAGAGGCCCUGGUGCGUGUGUCCACAGUGGGCAGUUUAGAAUCCAGCAAUAGCUCUGCAACACACGAGUUGGGGCUGCCUGGAGCCCGGCAGGUGGUCAACACUGCCCCAGCUAGCUCAAGAAUCGGUCCCAUCAGCACAUGCCCGCUGCCCCCAGGGUGGGAGCAGAGAGUAGAUCAGGGUGGCAGGGUGUACUUUGUGGAUCACAUUGAAAAGCGGACAACGUGGGACAGGCCAGAGCCUCUGCCUACUGGUUGGGAAAGACGGGUGGACCCCAUGGGCAGAAUUUACUAUGUGGAUCACAUCACAAGGACCACGACCUGGCAGAGGCCCACAGUGGAGUCAGUCCGCAACUACGAGGAGUGGCAACUGCAGCGCAGCCAGCUGCAGGGAGCCAUGCAGCAGUUCAACCAGAGGUUUAUAUUCGGGCUUCAGGAUCAAAUUCCGGCUUUGUCUAAUAAAGAGUUUGAUCCGCUAGGACCUCUGCCACAUGGAUGGGAAAAAAGGACGGACACCAAUGGCAGAGUGUACUUUGUUCACCACCCCACACGAAGUACUCAGUGGGAGGACCCCCGCACUCAAGGGUUGUUAAAUGAGAAACCGUUACCUGAAGGCUGGGAAAUGAGAUUCACUGUUGAAGGAAUUCCCUACUUUGUCGAUCACAACCGCAAAACCACUACGUACAUCGAUCCUCGAACUGGAAAAUCGUCCCUUGAAAAUGGGCCCCAGAUCACCUAUGUACGAGACUUCAAGGCCAAAGUGCAGUACUUCAGAUUCUGGUGUCAGCAAUUGUCAAUGCCCCAGCAUAUAAAGAUCACCGUCAGCCGCAAAACAUUGUUUGAAGAUUCAUUCCAGCAAAUAAUGAGCUUUAAUUCACAAGAUCUUCGACGAAGGCUGUGGGUCAUUUUCCCAGGAGAGGAAGGCCUGGAUUAUGGGGGUGUGGCCAGGGAGUGGUUUUUCCUGCUGUCCCAUGAGGUAUUGAAUCCUAUGUACUGCCUCUUUGAGUAUGCAGGCAAGGACAAUUACUGCCUGCAAAUUAAUCCGGCCUCCUAUAUUAACCCAGACCACCUCAAAUACUUCAAGUUCAUUGGACGCUUCAUCGCCAUGGCAUUGUUUCAUGGGAAAUUCAUUGACACGGGGUUCUCGCUGCCUUUCUAUAAGCGUAUUUUAAACAAACCACUUGCUUUAAAAGAUCUAGAAUCUAUUGAUCCUGAAUUCUACAAUUCCCUCAUUUGGAUCAAAGAGAACAAUAUUGAAGAGUGUGGACUUGAAAUGUUCUUCUCUGUGGAUAAAGAAAUCUUGGGUGAAGUCACAACGCAUGAACUAAAACCAAAUGGGAGCAAUAUUUUAGUCACAGAAGAAAACAAAGAAGAAUACAUCAGGCUUGUAGCUGAGUGGAGGCUGUCUAGGGGUGUUGAAGAACAGACUCAGGCUUUCUUUGAAGGCUUCAAUGAAGUGCUUCCGCAGCAGUACCUGCAAUAUUUUGAUGCAAAGGAAUUAGAAGUGAUGUUGUGUGGGAUGCAAGAGAUAGACCUCGUGGACUGGCAGAGGAACACCAUAUACCGGCAUUAUGCUAGAAGCAGCAAACAAAUCGUGUGGUUUUGGCAAUUCAUUAAGGAAAUGGAUAAUGAAAAACGAAUGAGGUUGCUGCAAUUUGUCACUGGGACCUGUCGUCUGCCAGUUGGAGGUUUCGCUGACCUGAUGGGGAGCAAUGGUCCACAGAAGUUCUGCAUUGAGAAAGUUGGAAAAGAAAAUUGGUUGCCAAGAAGUCACACUUGCUUUAAUCGGCUGGAUCUGCCUCCCUACAAAAGCUAUGAGCAGCUGAAAGAGAAGCUGAUGUUUGCUAUUGAAGAAACUGAAGGCUUUGGACAAGAGUAGUGGAGAGAGGAGUGGCAACUUUUUCUACCAAGCAACAGUAGAUCUGAGGGUCACUUGGUCCUUUGCCUUGUGGUGUUCUCUGUGAUGCAUUGUCCAUGUUUGUAGUUUCUGUAUGAGCAGUCGCUGUGCAGAGUUGUUUAUGCGGAUAGUCACUUAGAGAAUUUGCCUCUCCGAUGGCCUGGCUUGCGCUCAAAUGCUCAGAAAGUGCUUUCCCAGGUUCAAGUCUCAUUUGUAUAGCGUGGAUGAGUCCAGGUUAAGCUAUGCAAAUAUGUUUGAAACAGAAGGAAAGCAGGUUCUGAUAUUUUAGUUUCCCUGCUUCCAGUGUUCCACAUACUUUGAUUUUCCAGUUCAUAAACAAUAUACACACACAGCAAAAGGUUUGUUCAGUAUUGAACAGAGACUGAACUAUGCACUAUAAACUCCUCAGUCCCAUUUGUUCCUUCAACCAUGUUGUCUUGAAGUAGCUACUUCGGCAGAAUGAGGAGUCACAUGUAAAAAUGCCCUGCUGACACUGUAUUUUGUGUAGAGUUUUUUUCCUCCAUAGCUUACAAUGUUAUAUUUUUCUAUUUCAGACAGUGCCUGCAAAUACUGUAUUUGUAUUAGAUGUUACAUGUGUAAAUGUCUACACAUUUAAAGAGUUGUA